AUGACAUUGAUGACACUGAUGACAUGGGUGAUUGUGGUGUUGUUUUUGGGUGAUGAAAUCGGAGAGGUUGGAGUGAGGUUGGAGAUGGACAGGGGUAACGGCCAGACCCGCCACAGCGUUGCGUUGGCCCCUGUAAAGCCAAGAUCUGAUGUGGGGCAUUUUCACCGAGGAACGACCUGGAUGUCAACGACAACGUUCGCGCCUUUGUGUCGUGGCAGCGGUCUCCUACGUUUCGCGAGUUUGUAA